AUGUCUUCGCCCUUCAAAGUCGCCCUCGGGGGUGCCGCUGGCCAGCUAGGCAGCUAUGUUCUCAAGCACCUCCUUCAAGCCUCCCACCCGGUCGUAGUCCUCACGCGCGUCGGCUCCAAGACGACGUCUCAGCUCCCUUCAUCGCCACUCAUCACCGUCGCCGAAGUCGACUACGCCUCGCCCGACACCAUCACGCCGCACCUCAACGGUGUACACACCGUCAUCGCCACCCUGGGCAGCACCAGCAUCGCCGCCCAGACCGGCCUCAUCAGCGCCGCCGCCUCCGCGGGCGUCUCGCGCUUCAUUCCGUCCGAGUUCGGGUGCGACACCUUCGCCCCCCGCGUCUCCGAACUGCCCGUCUACGGCGCCAAAGUGGCGGUGCAGAAGCAGCUGAAAGCUCUCGCCGACAGCCAGCCGGGCUUCACGUGGACGGCAGUGCUCAACCAGGCCUUCCUGGACAGCGGGCUGACCAACGGCUUCAUCGCCGACGUGCCGAACCACAAGAUCAAUCUGUACGACGGCGGCGACACGCCGUUUAGCGCCACGCGCCUCGACACGAUCGCGCGGGCCGUGGUGGGCGUGCUCUCGCAUCUCGAGGAGACGAGGAACCGUGCCGUGUACGUGCACGACAUUGUGACGACGCAGAACGAGAUCGUGGGCUUUGCCAAGGAGGCGGAUGGGCAGAGCUGGAGUGUCGCGCCGGUGGAUCUGACGGUGUUGCGGGAGGAGGCGUACAAGGAGCUGGGGAAGGAGAAGCCGGAUUUCGCGACUGCCAUGACCGGGUUGGUCAGGCAGGCGGCGUUUGGGAAGGGAUGGGGGUGUGACUUUACGGGCAAGGUGGAUAAUGAGUUGCUUGGGUUGAAGGGCAUGACCAAGGAGGAGCUCAAGGCGUAUGUGGCUUCGUACCUCAAUUGA